AUGAUGUUUUUAUUGUGAAAGAACACUUGAGGGGUAGGUUAAGGACUUUGAAUGGCUCUUUUUCUAUGGUGAAUGGGACUUUCCCUACCGCUAUACCAUUGUAAGAACGUAAAGUUAGCUGCAGAAAACAAAUGCUUCUAAAAAUGGAUAAUUAUAAUAGAAUAAUAAGAAUGAUAGAAAUGGUAAAAGUCAACCCUUGUCUCUAUGAUAAAAGAGACGAAGAUUAUAAGGACUUUAAACACAAAGAGCGGGUUUGGAAGGAAAUUGCCAAGCAAGUAAAUCUUUCAGCAAGCGAGUGUAGGACAAAAUGGAAGAGUCUGCGCGACAAAUAUAGAAGGAAGAAACUUUCCGAAGAUCAAGCGUCUGGAUCAGGAAACACUUGGAUAUAUAUGGAGAGUUUAGAGUUUUUGUCGGAUCUAUUGGAUCCUAUCAGUACAAACACUAACACAUCAGAAGAGUUAGUAGAUGAUCAGAUAUUCCCCACUAAAAUCAGUAACGCUAAAAUGGACACAUCAGAAGUGUUAGUAGAUGAUCAGAUAUUCCGCACUAAAAACACUAACGCUAAAGAGGACACAUCAGAACUGUUAGUAGAUGAUGAGAUAUUCCGCACCACACCAAAACCAAACCACCAAAAACAUUGCAAAGAUGAUCUCUUCAAUGAUGUGCUGAAAGCAAUGAAGAGGAAAUAUGAAGGACCACAAUUCUCAAACAAUCACAAAUAUGAACAUUUCUUCGGUAUGCUUGGGAACAAAUUGGAUAAACUAACAGAAAGUGAAGUUGAUGAAGUGGAAAUUGAAAUUUUAAACUUGGUUACCCGAAAACUUAAUGCAUCCAGAAAAAGCUCGAGGGGUACUCAUCGAUGAAAUCAUAUGAAUAUUUCAACUUCAUUCAUUUUCUGUUAGUUUUGCCAAUUUUUGUUCGUACUACAUUAUAGCUAGGAUAAUAAAACAUUAUAUUUUAAAUUUAAGUUACUUUAAGACAAAAAUAUCUAAAAGAGAAUAAAUCAUUUUCUUAUUGAUAUUUAUUUAAA